AUGAAUGGUCUUCGCGAUCGAUACAUGAAGCAAGCUCCUAAUGAGAUUCCACCGGAGAUUGCCAACAAUCCAAACUAUUUUCCUUACUUCAAGGAUUGCAUUGGUAUGAUAGAUGGAACACAUAUUGACGCAAUGUUACCCUCUAAUCUAGUUGCACGGUUUAGAGGGCGUAAAGGUGUAACGCAAAAUGUUUUAGCUGCGUGCACUCCAAAUAAACUGUUCUCAUAUGUCCUAGCUGGGUGGGAAGGUGCGGCGAAUGACUAUAGGAUAUUGCAAGACGCAUUGUGUAGACCACAACCAUACAGAUUGAGAGUAUAUGAUGGUAUUCUUCCACCUCCUUUAAUAAAUAAUAGGGUCCAAUUGAUCACAAAUUUUUUUGGAAGUGUAGGCAAAUAUUAUCUUUGUGAUGCUGGAUACACUACCAUGCCUGGCUUCAUCUCUCCGUACCGUGGUGUACGUUAUCACUUAAAGGAACACAUUGGUAGGACACCCAGAAAUAGCAGGGAGUUGUUCAAUUUAAGACACUCUUCUUUACAGUCCAAAAUUGAAUCAACCUUUGGCACAUUGAAGAAUCGGUUCAAAAUUCUGACGGCGAAGCCUAAUUAUCCAUUCCCCACACAAGUGGACAUCGUCUUAGCAUGUACUAUAUUACAUAAUUUCAUUGCAAUUGAAGAUCCACAAGAUGACAUCUUGAAUGAGAAUGUACUAAUUGAUGAGGAGAAUGAUGACAUGACAAACGAAGAUGGUACAAAUGUAGUUGACUUCACUCAAUCUAGGACACAAAGAGAGGAGCGUGAUGCAAGAAAUGAAUGGAAGGAACUUAGGGAUCAAAUUGCAUGGGCAAUGUGGGUUGAUUAUUGCGCAAAAUAUAAAGAUGGCGACACCACAGAAAUUGGCUUGUAG